AUGAAGCUAAAAUUGUAAGGUUUUAAUUUUUUAGUUUGAAAAAAUUUGUUGUUUUUUUUAUUUUACAGAAAAAUUUUAUACUUUUUUACAUUCAUUAGUUGUUUAGAACAUUUUCAUUUGCAUCCUUGACUCUGUUGUUAACCAUUUUUCUCACACAAUCAAAUACAGCCACCGCCAAUUUUCGACUUUGUGGAUUCAAACUCACCACCACGUUACAGCAUCUUUGCAAGCACCAAACGUGCGGCGGGUAUCAAGUAGAGACGCGAAAAAGUGAGUUUAUGGUUUGCGUUAGAAUAAAAUGAAUGCAUGAGGAUAUACCCCGACUAGUUUUAUACCCUGUGUAGUUUCUACCCUAACUCUUAUAUACCCAAUCAUAAAUAGAUAAAUAAAUUUUUAUUUCUUAUUUUUAGGGUCAAUUGCAACUUUUUUGGACGAAAUAUCAACAGCACAAGAUUUAUUAAGACAAAACGACCAUUAUUCACCUAAACGACCGUUCGAGUCCUCACAUCCAUUAUUAAAAAAUCUGCGGAUACGAAAGCGGGCCGGCAUCGCGACCGAGUGUUGUGAAAAACGCUGUAAUUUAGCCUACUUACGAACAUAUUGUUGCGCGGGAUUCGAAGCCUAA